AAAGAGUUAUGAUUUUUAGAAGGCGAGGAGGAAAAAAUGAAAACGUAAAAAUUUAAUUGUCUGAGUCCUUAUGGCCAAAAUGGGCUGAGUCCUUAAGGGGUUAAAGGGUUAAGAGUUUGUGGGGAUUGGGAGCAGUUUGAAUUAUUUACGAUGUGCAUCACCAUGUAUAUCUCCCUGAGCUCUCAGUAAAAGUUUGGAGGUUUGCAUUGACCUAUAUAUUGGAUCUUCAGAAAGCUGGAUAUGAUGUCACUACUUCCCACAGGAGACCACACAACCAUCUUUCCCUGAACGUCAAUUCUUCUUCUUACACGGCAGCCAGGGAUGUAUCACAGGAAAAUGAGAGACCUGACAAAGUCCAAUCACUUCUUCACUAUUAUAACUCAUUCACAGCCGAAAUGUCCUGACAGACUCCACAUCCCCUCCUCCGUCUUCAGCGCCUCACUCCCCUGACAGGAACUCAGGUACGGCACGCCCUAACACUUUCCCGCCGUUUCUCAGGCACUAAACAAACCCACGAAACUACAGCUCCCAAGCGCCCCCGCGGCCAGGCCUGACGUCAUUCAUCGGCGACUCUAGCAAUCUGCUGCGCGGAACUGUCAUGGCGGCUUCUCAUUCAGAGGCCUGAUUGUGUGUUGUGACCGCAGAAUUGUAAAAAUGAAGCUGGUAAACUUAAAACAGGCCAUUCUACAGGCCUGGAAGGAGAGAUGGAGCGAUUACCAAUGGGCCAUCAACAUGAAGAGGUUCUUCCCUAAAGGAGUUACCUGGGACAUCUUAAAUUUAGCAGAAGCACUUUUAGAUCAGGCUAUGAUCGGACCAGCACCCAAUCCUCUGAUCCUUUCCUAUCUUAAGUACGCUAUCAACUCUCAGAUGGUGUCGUAUGCUACAGUCCUGUCAGCGAUCAGUAAGUUCGACGACUUCUCAAGGGAUCUCUGUAUCCAGUCUCUGCUGGAGAUCAUGGACAUGUUCUGCGAUAAUCUCAGCUGUCAUGGUAAAGCAGAAGAAUGUCUGAGCCUAUGUCGGGCCUUGAUGAACGUUAUGAACUGGCUUUUGCGUGGCUCAGCCUUCUAUGUGGAGAAGCUGAAGGAAGUUUUGGAUCCUGUAACUGGAGAAAGUAACCUGUCAAUGUGUCUGAAGAGGCUUGAGGCCAUCCUAAGUAGUACCAAGAACAGGGCUCUCAUCCAUAUUGCCAAACUUGAAGAACCAGCCUCCUGGGCAUCGGUGGAACAGUCAUUGUUGCGACUUGCCGAGUGCGUGAAUCUCCUUCAAAGUGUUCAGCUGCGGAGCAAAGCCGAGGAUUGCAUCUCCCUGAUCAGGAGCAUCCCAUCGAUGUUAUGUGCACAUUCUGACCAGCUGCACCGCACUGGAUUCCCUACAGUCCAUGCUGUUGUUAUGUUGGAGGGAACAAUGAACCUGACAGGAGAAGCUCAGCCAUUGGUGGAACAGCUGAACACAGUGAAGAGGAUGCAGCGGAUCCCAUCUCAUCUCUUCCUCCUAGAAGUCUGGAAAGCUUGUAUUGUUGGAUUAAUAGAGUCCCCUGCAGGGACUGAUGAGUUGAAGUGGACUGCGUUUACCUUCCUUAAGAUUCCACAAGUACUAUCAAAAUUAAAGAAAUUUUGGCUAGCAGAUCAGGAUUUCAAUGAAGAUAUGAACACUGCUUUCGAGUAUCUACUCAAACUCACCCCAUUAUUGGACAAAGCUGACCAGAGGUGCAACUGUGACUGUGUUAGUCUGUUACUUCAAGAAUGUAACAAGCUGGGUCUGCUCUCUGACCAUCACCUGGAUCACCUGGUGACUAAAAGAUCUGCGGAUCGGGAACAGGCUCCUCGCUCAUCUGAAAGCUCUGCCAUUCAGCCCAAUCCAGGCCUCAUUCUCCGAGCAGAACCCACUGUGACCAAUAUUCUCAAGACAAUGGAUGCAGAUCACUCGAAGUCUCCGGAAGGUCUUCUGGGAGUCUUAGGACAUAUGUUGACUGGGAAAAGUCUCGAUCUUCUACUGGCCGCUGCAGCUGCCACUGGCAAAUUGAAGUCUUUUGCUCGUAAAUUCAUUCAGCUGAAUGAAUUUACCCGGCAUAUCAGCGCUGAGAGCUCAAAAGCCGCCUCUACCCGCGCCCUUCUAUUCGAUAUCUCCUUUCUAAUGCUCUGUCAUGUGGCACAGACAUAUGGCUCAGAGAUGAUCCUGUCGGAUGUGAGUGCUAGUGGAGAGACGCCGUUCUUUGAGAGCUGGAUGCAGACAUGUAUGCCAGGAGAGGGCAAAGUGCUAAACCCUGAGCACCCUUGCUUCCGCCAUCCUGAUAUCCCCAAAGUGGAAGCCUUGGUCGCUCUACUCAAUACAUCCACAGAGAUGAAACUGGUUCAGACAAAGUGGCAUGAAGUUUGCCUGAGUAUUCCUGCUGCAAUUCUAGAGGUUCAUAAUGCCUGGGAGAAUGGUGUCCUGUCUUUUGAAGCUAUCCAGAAAAUUACAGACAACAUUAAAGGGAAGGUUUGUAGCCUGGCUGUGUGUGCUGUUGCCUGGUUGGUGGCUCACGUUCGCAUGUUGGGUCUAGACGAGAGGGAUAAGUCUCUACAGAUGAUCCGGCAGCUGGGGACCCCCAUGUACGGGGACAACAUACUGCAGUUUUACAAUGAGCGGGUGAUCAUCAUGAGUUCCAUCCUGGAGAACAUGUGUUCUGAAGUUCUGCAACAAACAGCCACACAGAUAAAAUUUGCUGUGACUGGAAGUGAACCCGUGCCUUAUGUUCACCGCCUGCCCUCCAAAAAGCCCAUUAAAGAGGUCUUACACGGAGCCUUCAGCACCACCUUAGAGAAGGGCUGGGUGGACAUCAGAUCCCUCCACAUCUUUGACACCUUACUCCACAUGGGAGGCGUCUACUGGUUCUGCAACAACUUAGUUAAGGAGCUGCUUAAAGAAACUCGGAUGGAAUUUGCUGUACGAGCGGUGGAGCUUCUAUACGCCAUCUUCUGUCUGGACAUGCAGCAGCUCACACUAACUCUCCUAGGACAUGUAUUACCUUCCCUGUUAACUGAUUCUUCCAAAUGGCACACGCUGAUGGACCCGCCGGGCCGGGCACUGGCAAAAUUGUCUGUUUGGUGCGCCAUGACAUCAUAUGCCACCCAUAAUAAGGGACAGCCAUCCCCCCGACAGAGGAAGAGGCACAGAGAAGACAUUGAGGAUUACAGCUGCCUGUUUCCUCUGGAUGACAACCAGCAAUCUAAGCUGAUGCGUCUUCUCAGCUCCAAUGAGGAGGAACAUUCAGUGCAAGCCAACCCCACAGAUCGCCCCAUGAACAGCUCGCUCUCCGCCUCACAGAUUCACAACAUUAGCUCCAAGGAGCCCUUAAACAGAGUAUUGGCUAACCUCUUCCUAUUGAUCUCGUCCAUUCUUGGAGCCCGGACGGCCGGGGCCCACACACAGUUUGUACAGUGGUUUAUGGAGGAAUGUGUAGAGAGCCUGGAGCAGGGAGGAAAAGGGGGGAUCCUUCAGUUUAUGCCUUUCAGUAUGGUUUCUGAAUUGGUUAAAGUCUCCACCCUAUCAAGCCCAAAAAUAGUUCUGGCUAUCACUGACCUGACUCUUCCUCUCGGGAGGAGAGUUGCUGCCAAAGCACUGACUGCGUUAUGAGCCUCGGUGACCAUUUUCUCAGCUGUAUCUGUCGCCUUUCCUUAUUGCGGACAUAUUUGCUGCCAGCUGGCUGAGCUUCUCAAGACAUUAGUGACUUUACAAUAUAGUUUUCUACAGAGCGCAUACAUUACAUAGACCUAUUUGUCUUGCAAGAUCAUGAGGCCAUCAAGUUCAGUUCACCGUGGAUCAUGCCGUAUAUAAAAAAAAUUCCUGGAUUACAAUAAUCACAUUAUAUUGGAUGAGAAAGUGACAACUAGCGCACAAAUCAAUAGGUUUCAUUGUAAAGCGCACCGUAAAGGGGUGUACACCAAUGCGCUAAGCUUAUGGCCACGUUCCGGAUGGCAUACCAUGAUUACAGAAAGGUUCGAUUUCUGGAAAAUUCUACUUUUUCACCAUUAGGGAGUAUUCACCUGGCGAAAUAUCUGCUGGAGAAAUUUCAGGCGGACAUUCCAUGCCCAUCAGUCACCAAUAGGACAAUCAGUCGGUGAUGGGACUGCUCGGACAUGUGUAGUUUCCAUUGCCGGUAAUGCAUAUCAAAGCGGAUUUUGCUGGGGAAAAAAAAAUGAACAUGUUCCAGAGUCCAGAAUUAGAAUUUUGGAUACGCCUACUUGUCAAUAUAUUCAUAAAUUUCUAGGAGGAAUAACUGGAACGGCACAACCCCAUGACCAAUAAUGCAAGUAUUUAGUAUGGUCAAAGAGCAUAACAGUAAAUACUUUGAUAAUCCCUGUUUUAUAUCUUUUUAAUAGAAUAUGUAGUUGUGUUUUGUACUUUUUUUUAAAUUUUUUUAAUGGUUUUUUUCCCCCUAAAUGUCACCAUUCCCCCAAUCGGUGCCAAUUGUCAUAACAAAGUAUAACACUAUUGGCACUGAUUGGACAGUGAUAGUGUACAGAGACACCCCCCCAAAGUGGUGACACCUACUUGUCAAUGUAUUCAUAAAUGCCUACCAGAAAUAACAGAACAACCCAAAAUACAGGUAUUUAAUAUAACAGACCUAACAGAAGAGCGGACACAUCCUCUUUAAAGGGGGUACUCCGCCCCUAGACAUCUUAUCCCCUAUCCAAAGGAUAGCGGAUAAGAUGUCUGAUUGCGGGAGUCCAACCGCUGGAGACCGCAGCCAUCUUUGCUGCGGCACCCCAGACAUCCGAUGCACGGAGCGAACUUCAUGAAGCAGUGUCCCGCUCGUGACGUCAC